AUGCCCGACCCAAAGCCCACGAAAGCCACCGUCCUCAUCUCAGGUGAAGGGUCAAACCUGCAAGCUCUGAUUGAUGCCACCACUACCACGAUGCCCUACCUCCAGAUCGUCCGAGUAAUAUCAAAUAAGGCAAAGGCCAACGGCCUCAACCGCGCCUCUGCAGCCUCUAUACCGACCACCUACCACAACCUCAUCAGCGGCAAAUACCACGCAUCAGGUGAAAAGGAUCAAGCCGUGAAAGCUGCCGCGCGCGAGAAGUACGACGCAGACCUCGCCGAGAUCGUGCUCGCCGACUCCCCCGACAUCGUCGUCUGCGCAGGCUGGAUGCACAUCGUCACGCCCAAAUUCCUGGAUCCUCUGGCUGCGAGGAGUGUCCCCGUCAUCAACUUGCACCCCGCCUUACCGGGCAAGUAUGACGGGAUCCGGGCGAUUGAGAGGGCGUACGAUGAUUUUCGCCAGGGGAAACUAGAGAACGAUGAGACGGGCAUCAUGAUUCAUUAUGUAAUCCGUGAGGUGGAUGGUGGGGACCCGAUUGUGGUUCGCAAGAUCAAAUGCCAGAUGCUGGAAACCCUUGACGAGUUGACGACGAGGAUACACGGGCAUGAGCACGAACUCAUACUUGAGGGGACGGCUAUGGCCAUCAAUGAGCUUUGGAAAAAGAGGGAGGCGAGAUGA